CCCUUGCUCCUAACCAGUUGUGCUGGCUGUUGCGGCAGGUACCUGGCGAAGCUGUCUUCCGUGGGGAGCAUCUCCGAGGAGGAGACCUGCGAGAAGCUGAAGGGCUUGAUCCAACGCCAGGUGCAGAUGUGCAAGAGGAACCUGGAGGUGAUGGACUCAGUGCGGCGUGGAGCCCAGCUGGCCAUCGAGGAGUGCCAGUACCAGUUCCGCAACCGCCGCUGGAACUGCUCCACGCUGGACACCCUGCCUGUCUUUGGCAAGGUGGUAACGCAAGGGACGCGGGAGGCAGCAUUCGUCUAUGCCAUCUCUUCGGCAGGGGUGGCCUUCGCAGUGACCCGAGCCUGCAGCAGCGGCGAGCUGGACAAGUGUGGAUGUGACCGCACGGUGCAGGGGGGCAGCCCGCAGGGUUUCCAGUGGUCGGGCUGCUCCGAUAACAUCGCCUAUGGCGUGGCCUUCUCGCAGUCCUUUGUCGAUGUCCGCGAGAGGAGCAAAGGGGCUUCUUCCAACAGAGCAUUAAUGAACCUCCACAACAACGAGGCAGGGAGGAAGGUAAUGGUGAGGGGGAAAGCUGGGCAGCCAGGGCGGCUCUGCAGCAUCCCAGGGGGGUCUGCGGCCACUGCGGGAACCUGUUUAGCCUCAUUUAAUCCCAUCGGUUCACAUGCAUCAGCAUCGCUCUCCACACAACCCUUCCAGACCCAUAGGUCGCACCCUUCCUGCUGUGUCCAACCCGAGCUGACUGUCCCAUCUCAUUGCAUCUGUCUGUUCCUCCAGGCAAUCCUGAACAACAUGCGGGUAGAAUGCAAGUGUCACGGUGUGUCAGGCUCGUGCGAGUUCAAGACAUGCUGGAAAGCCAUGCCCCCCUUCCGCAAAGUGGGCAAUGUCCUGAAAGAGAAAUUCGACGGUGCCACGGAGGUUGAGCAGAGCGAGAUCGGAUCCACCAAAGUGCUGGUGCCCAAAAACUCCCAGUUCAAGCCACACACGGACGAGGACCUUGUCUACCUGGACUCCAGUCCCGACUUCUGUGACCACGACCUCAAGAACGGGGUGCUGGGCACCAGUGGCCGGCAGUGCAACAAGACCUCCAAGGCUAUCGAUGGCUGCGAGCUGAUGUGCUGCGGCCGAGGCUUUCAUACGGACGAAGUAGAGGUUGUGGAAAGGUGCAGCUGCAAGUUCCACUGGUGCUGCUCCGUCAAGUGCAAACCCUGCCAUCGGGUGGUGGAAAUCCAUACGUGCCGGUGAUGCAUGGAGGGGAGCACCCAGCCAUCCCCCUCUCUGACCCUGCUUCUCCCUUGCCCCACGGCCAGGACUGAGGAAGUAACCCAGA